AUGGUGAGGAAUUCCAUCACCUCCAAACUGGAAACGUUACCCACGGGCCACUCGGACCGCAUCAUAUCCAUGCGCCUACCACUGGAGAGCAAACAACAUCUCACUCUCUUCAGUGUUUAUGCUCCAACUCUAAUGGCAGAUCCCGCAGACAAAGACAGAUUCUAUUCUGAUCUGCGCAGACUCUUGAACAACACCCCUGCAAACGACAAGGUCCUGGUCCUUCGCGACUUCAACGCAAUAGUUGGGAGGGAGUCUGAGGCUUGGAAAGGAGUCCUUGAAAGACACGGAAUUGAUGACUGUAAUGACAACAGGAACCUCCUGCUCGAGUUCGCCACAGAGCACCAACCUGCUAUUACCAACACAAUCUUCCACCAGAAAGACCGUCUGAAAACAACUUGGAUGCAUCCCCAGUCCAAACAUUGGCAUCUACUUGACUAUGUGCUUGUGCGCCAGCGGGACCUGAAAGACGUUCUACACACAAGAGUGAUGCCCAGUGCAGAGUGCCACACCGACCAUCGCCUUGUCCGCUGCAAGCUCCAACUACAGUUCAAACCCAAACCCAAGAAGAAAGGUAACCCCAUAAAGAAACUCAAUGUCGACAGCUUGUGCCGGGAGGAAGUGAAAAUCAAGUUCCAAGCAAACCUGCAGCAAAGACUAGACGAAUCCCCCUGCACUGAUGACACCACCCCACACACCUUGUGGGAGAACCUGAAAUCAGCCAUCCUUAAGACAUCUACGGAAGUUCUUGGGCACAUAAAGAAAAAAAACAAGGACUGGUUCGAUGGAAAUGACAAGGAGAUCCAGGAAUUACUAGCAAGGAAGAGGGCAGCUCAUCAGGCCCACCUCGCACAACCAACCUGUCUUGUGAAGAAAACUACCUUUCGACACGCAUGCAGCACCCUGCAGUGA